GGAGGGAGGAGCUGAGCAGCAGCAGCCGGAGCCGGAGCAUCCUCGGAGAAGGAAGGAAGGGAGGAUGCUGCCGCUCAGCCAGUGCAUGCGUUCCGCCGGAGAGCCAGGGUGGCUGGGGACAGCCUGAUCCAAGCCACCGGGAGAGAGACUUACCCAGACCCCGGCAGGGGGAGCCACAGACCCCGGCACAGGGAGCCACAGACCCCGGCACAGGGAGCCACAGACCCCGGCACAGGGAGCCACAGACCCCGGCAGCGGGAGCCGCACUUACUCAUCUCCUCUCCGCUGUGAUGCUGAUGCUGCUGCCGGCGAUGGGAGCUUCUCUCCGGCUGCAGCUGCUUCUGAACUGCGUCCUGCUCGGCUCAGAGUUUGGUCUGGCCCUGGGUUUUAUGUCAAAGGACAAGUUCCGUAAAAUGUCGGAAGGUCCGUCAUCAUCCUUCACCCAGCAGCCACAGGACCAAGUAGUGGUGGCUGGAAGACCAGUGAGUCUACUAUGUGCCAUACCCGGUUACCAUGGCAUUGUACUCUGGAUCAAAGAUGGUCUGGCGCUCGGUGUGGGCCGAGACCUCUCUGGAUACCCCCGAUACUCUGUAGAGGGCGACCAUUUGUCUGGGGAACAUCACUUGAAGAUUCAGCGCGCAGAACUUCAGGAUGACGCACUGUACGAAUGUCAGGCCAUACAGGCCGCCAUCCGAUCACGCCCAGCCCGGCUCACUGUAUUGGUUCCACCUGAUGAUCCGGUAAUUAUUGGCGGUCCCGUAAUAAACCUCCGCGCUGGAGACCCCCUGAACCUAACCUGUCACGCAGACAAUGCAAAGCCAGCAGCUACCAUUAUCUGGAUGAGGAACGGAGAGGUCCUGAAUGGGGCGACGUAUUCCAAGACGCAGUUGCGGGACGGAAAGCGGGAGAGCAUCAUCAGCACGCUAUUUGUGUCGCCAUCAGACAUUGAGAACGGGCAAAGCAUCACGUGUCGGGCCACCAAUAAAGCUGUACCGAGUGGGAAGGAUACCACCGUCAGCAUCAACAUUCAACAUCCGCCAUUGGUCAACCUUACGGUGGAGCCGCAGCCUAUUCUGGAAGAUAAUGUGGUGAAGUUUCAUUGUGCAGCUAAGGCCAACCCUGCAGUGACCCAAUACCGGUGGGCAAAAGGUGGACAACUCCUAAAGGAGGUGACAGAAGAAACCUAUGAGACGGUGGUGGAUUACUCCUUCUUCACUGAGCCAGUGUCCUGUGAGGUCACCAAUACCCUCGGCAGCACCAACAUCAGCAGAACAGUGGAUGUGUACUUUGGACCUCGGAUGGCCACGGAACCUGAACACGUUGUUGUGGACCUUGGGUCGGAAGCCACCUUCCAUUGCGCGUGGACCGGUAACCCGUCUCUCACCAUUGUCUGGAUGAAGCGUGGCUCUGGUGUGGUUCUGAGCAACGAAAACUCCCUGACAUUAAAAAACGUCCGCCAAGAGGAUGCUGGGAAAUAUGUCUGUCGGGCGGUCGUUCCCCGGGUGGGGGCCGGCGAGAGGGAAAUCGCUCUGACAGUAAAUGGUCCUCCGAUCAUCUCCAGCACGCAGACGCAGCACGCCCUGCACGGAGAGAAGGGGCAAAUCAAGUGUUUCAUCCGCAGCACGCCUCCACCGGACAGGAUAGCCUGGUCUUGGAAAGAGAAUGUCCUGGAAUCGGGGACCUCUGGUCGGUACACAGUGGAAACGGUUAGCACAGAUGAAGGAGUCAUCUCCACCCUGACCAUCAGCAAUAUCGUCCGGGCUGACUUCCAGACCAUAUACAACUGCACCGCUUGGAACAGCUUUGGGUCUGACACAGAGAUCAUUCGGCUGAAAGAACAAGGUCGGAACAUGCAAUCAGGAGCCAGUACGGAACCAGAGUCUGUCCCAGUCACGGUGAUUAUCGGCGUUGCGGUCGGAGCUGGAGUCGCCUUCCUGGUUCUCAUGGCAACGAUUGUAGCAUUUUGCUGCGCUCGCAACCAGAGAAAUCUAAAAGGCGUGGUAUCUGCCAAGAACGACAUCCGUGUGGAGAUUGUACAUAAGGAGCCGACGACUGGGAGAGAGACGGAGGAACAUUCAAGCAUCAAACAGCUAAUGAUCGACAGAGGAGACUUCCAACAAGACUCUGUACUCAAGCAAUUAGAGGUCCUGAAGGAGGAGGAGAAGGAGUUUCAGAAGGAUCCCACCAACGGCUACUACAGCGUGAACACAUUCAAAGACCACCACUCAACGCCAACCAUCUCCUUAUCCAACUGCCAGCCGGACAUCCGCCCGGCCAACAAGCAGCGGGUUCCCACGGGCAUGUCCUUCACCAACAUCUACAGCACUCUGAGCGGCCAGAACCGCCUGUACGACUACAGCCAGCGCUUUGUUCUCGGGAUGGGGAGCAGCUCCAUCGAGCUGUGCGAACGCGAGUUCCAGAGAGGCUCCAUGAGCGACAGCAGCUCCUUCCUGGACACUCAGUGCGACAGCAGCGUCAGCAGCAGCGGGAAGCAAGAUGGCUACGUUCAGUUUGACAAGUCCAGCAAAGCUUCAGCCUCCUCUUCCCACUUUUCCCAGUCAUCCUCUCAAAACUCUGACCCGAGCCGGCCCCUUCAGAGGAGAAUGCAGACACACGUGUGACCCCCCCUCCCCCCCCAGUGCCCCCCGGGGCCUCGUGCGAGGGAUACCAAGGAAGAAGGGACGACGUGCAGGAGCUGGGAGGCGCUCUGGCCAAGGACUUCGGACAGGGACGGAAUCCUCUCUUCCUAACAUAUUUAUUUAGUUUUAUAUUUAUAUGAAAAGGCAACGGACCUUUCUAUUGUACAAAUCACUUUGUUUAGUGGAGUACAACAAGCCAUGGUUCUAUCGUGUAGGUGGGCGGGAAAUAAACAUUUUAUAAAACUAUCCCCCAACGUUGUAAAAUAAUAAAAUCAAGCUCCCAAUUCCCACUGGAGCCGAACUUUUAAUUGUUUCAGCGAGUAGGAAUCUAGCCAUUUUUGAGCACAGUGCUGGGGAGACGGCCGGUAGCGAUAAAGGCAGGUCAGUGCGGGGACUCCACAGAGACCCCAAUAUGGCCACUUCCUUGUGCACUGUGCAAGAGAGGAGAUGUAGCAGGAAGUAGCGCUGGUGGAUUCCAUUACUUUACCAAUAUAUUUAUUAUACACAAAAGAAAAAAAAAAUAGACAUUGAGUAUAGUAGGUGAGCACAGGACUCCGAAACCUGCCAUGUAGGAGGUUGUGAUUGUAGUAAAUAUAUCAGAUUGUU